UUCACAGCCGUGUAUAUCUGGCUGCCUAAAUAUGAAUAACUCCUAAAAGUAUUUAUUUCCUAUUUCCAACUUGGUCUGGCAAACCACGAAUUUUAAAAGCACAAAUAAUUAUUCAGUAGACCGACAUCGGAACGGCGUUCGAAACACCCAACUAAAUAAGCAAGACAGGGUAACCCACAUACAUAAACAAAUUAUAAACCAAUAAAGCAUCUUCCUGUAACGGUACUGCGUGUUUAAAAUUCCACAAACGACUCGUCUUAUUUAUUUUCAGCUUCGUUAGACCAAAACGCGAGAUAUGGACUCGAAAGACUUUUUAUUACACGUCCGGGUUAAUAAGUGUUUUGAACUGACAUGGUUCUCUUUCACUUUGUAUUAAAUUUAACAGUGGACUUCUUUAAUAUUUCUUAUUGUCUAAUCAAAAGUUGUCGCUGCAGAACGUUGCUCGAAAAUGUGUAGGACAGGCUUAAAAUGGUUUUGUUUGAUCGUGAUAGUUUUAGCCAUUUUGUUUAACCAGUGUGAAUGCACAAAAAGAAAAACAAAAAAAAGCUCUAAAGGCAUGGCGUUGAGGCAAAAGGAGACCAACAUUGUCAAUUUUAUUCGAUUGGCUGUGAUGAGAUUAAUUUAUGGUGUCGCGACUAGAGUGGGUUUGGGGGAGCAAAUUUCAGAAGUCUUAAACGGGGCCUUCAUCCCGCCAGGCGCUGAGGAUUAUGACGAUUAUGGAGGCGGAUUGUUUAGAGAGGACGACGACGAUUAUGACUAUUAAAAUAGAGAACAUCCAU